CGGCGGCUGCUGCUGCUGCGGCUCAUUGUGCGCCGCUGCGGGCCAUGUGCUGCCAGCUGGCCGAGGCUCCCCGGAGGAGGGCGGCCAGGUGUAUAAACGCUUCUAUCCUGAGGAAUCCCACAGUUGCAAAGCUCCGCAUCUGCUUCCCCAGGUCUUUGCUCAUCCCUAAGAGGCCUCCCCCAAGAAGAAGGAAUGGCUGUCAGCCACCUGCCAGCCAUGGUCCAGGACUCGGUGACAUUCAAGGAUGUGGCUGUACUCUUCACCCAGGAGGAGUGGGGGCAGCUGAGCUCUGCCCAGCGGGCUCUGUACAGGGACGUGAUGCUGGAGAACUAUGGCAACCUGGUCUCAUUGGGACUCUUAGGACCCAAGCCAGAAGAAUGGAUGCCGGAGGAUGCCUCAGAAGGCUUCAGCCCUGAAGGAAUGACCAUGACUGUGAACGAGAGAUUUCUGCAGGCAAAUGUUCCUGGUGAGGAAUCAGAUCGGUGGACAAUAAAGGAAAGAUUAACUGGAGAAAGUCACAGGAAACGUGCUAGCUUGUUGGAUUGGCAGUGCCGGGAAGGUCAGGAGGUCAACUUGCAGCAAGUGGUCCUCACCCAUCCGAACACCCCAUCAAGGGUUAGUGAGCGAAAAUGCGAUGAGCCUAGGAAGGGCUGCACUGGAAGCUCAUCUCUUGCUAAAAACCCAGCAACUCAAGCAAGCAAAAAAACCUUUGAAUGCAGUGAGUGUGGAAAAGCCUUCUCUAAGCAUUCCACCCUUAACAAACAUCAGAAAAUUCAUAGUGAAAACUUCAACACAAAUCAGAAGGCGCAGAUCAAAGAGAAGCGCUAUGAAUGCAGAGAAUGUGGGAAAGCCUUUCACCAGAGUACACAUCUGAUCCACCACCAGAGAAUUCACACUGGUGAGAAGCCGUAUGAAUGUCAGGUCUGUGGGAAGGCCUUCUCAGUGAGCUCUUCACUUACCUACCAUCAGAAAAUCCAUACUGGAGAGAAACCUUUUGAAUGCAACUUGUGUGGGAAAGCCUUUAUCCGGAACAUACACCUGUCCCACCAUCACCGAAUACACACUGGAGAGAAACCUUUCCAGUGUAACAUUUGUGACAAAGCCUUUGUGUGCAGGGCACAUCUUACCAAGCACCAAAACAUCCAUACUGGGAAGAAACCUUAUAAAUGUAAUGAGUGUGGGAAAGCCUUCAACCAGAGUACCAGCUUCCUCCAGCACCAGAGAAUCCACACUGGAGAGAAACCCUUCGAAUGCAAUGAGUGUGGGAAGGCCUUCAGAGUGAACUCUUCCCUGACUGAACACCAGAGGAUACACACGGGAGAGAAGCCGUAUAAGUGCAGCGAGUGUGGCAAAGCGUUCCGGGAUAACUCGUCCUUUGCCCGGCACCGGAAGAUCCACACGGGAGAGAAACCUUACCGGUGCGGCCUGUGUGAGAAAGCCUUCCGGGACCAGUCAGCCCUGGCACAGCAUCAGAGAAUUCAUACUGGGGAAAAGCCUUACACAUGUAACAUAUGUGAAAAAGCCUUUGGGGACCAUUCGGCCCUGACCCAACACAAGAGGAUUCAUACUAGAGAAAAGCCUUACAAAUGCAAAGUCUGUGGGAAAGCCUUCACCCGAAGCACACACCUCACUCAACAUCAGAGGAUCCACACAGGAGAGAAACCCUAUAAAUGUAACAAGUGCGGGAAAGCUUUCAACCAGAGUGCAAACCUCAUUCAGCAUCAGAGACAUCAUACUGGAGACGAGUGAUGGGAAGGCAGUUUCCACGCCGCGCGCUGAGCAUCAGUACUGACCAGUGAAUGCAGGGGAACCAUAGGGAAUGGCAGUGUCCUCUUGCAUCAGGACAGGCAUUGUAUUUGCUGAGAGCCAAGCACCACAUUGUCAUGGGUUAUACGCCACUGUUUAGUGUUGCCUCAGCUGAAUAGCAGUACCUUUUGAUGGGUCUGAAUUGCCAGGUAUCAGAACCAAUGUGAAGCUCCUUGAGCAACAUAAAUGUCAUUUUAUCAGACUUAAAGUUUGCAGAGAGAAUUAUAAAAUUACCAUAAUUAAGGUUGAGAAACAAAGGAACAAAAUAAGAAAAUGGUUUAUGUGUAGUUCUUUUCCUGUAGAAGGAAGUUGCCAUCUUUAGUGGUGUCCUUUGUCUCCUCGCCCACAUCCCAACAUCCAGCAUAAGGAAGUGCAUUCAUUCAUGCAUCCGUCAGACAUAAUGAAUUAUGUUCUCCAUGACUCUGCUUCCAUCUUAAGCCAUCUAAUGUCACAUCUCCCAGGUCUGUUUGUGUGCCAGCCUCUUACCUGUAUUCUUCGGGGACAGCACAUUUAAAAGGGUGACCCCUUCUCACUUAGCUCCAACUGCUACUGCCAUGUCCCUUAACUGCAUCCAAAGUGUGAAGUGUGAGUCAGAAUCAAGUGAGUUAGUCAAUCAGAAAGAAAAUCACAAAAAAAAAAAGCAAAACAAAAAAACCCCACAGCAGUAAGGCGUAGUCAGUCUCCUUGGCUCUAGAUAUUGCACCCUACUUGAGCUUUCGGGAUUCAGGUUUAUGUCUUGGGCAAGGAUUGACAAAAAUCCUUGAGUUGCUGUCCAGGUCCUUUGGAAAAACACCUAGGUAGAGCCAGAGCUUGGGUAGCCGUUGCCCCCGGCCAUUCCAUCUAUAGCCAGCUCUCCCCGCACAGUGGGCUUUCUCAGCUUAGGUGGGAUGAGCCCAGCCAUCUGCGCUUGGAUUCCCUGCCUUUCUGCCUCUGUGCCGUACCACUUCCUGUGUGCAGCUGCCAGAAGAUGAAGGCUCCACGGCUGGUUCUCAAGUGCCCCUUUCCCCCCCAGGCCUGGGCUCCUCUGUGGCUGCUGCAUUGGAGUCUGUUUCCCACUUCCAUCUUACUGAGAUGUGGCACCCUAGUCCAUCUGAACCCCUCUUCCGCGGGCCUGGGCUCCUCUGCAGCUGCUGCACUGGAGUCUGCCACUUCCAUGUUACUACGAUGCAGAGAAGGCAGCCAAGUCCUUACCCAACUUUUAUCUGGCAUUUUUGAAGGCAUGCUUUUUGUUCCUUGGAAAGCAUUCAAGUUAGAGGUCCUGCUUUUAUGUUUGAAAGUUCAUUUCUGCUCCUCUGGGCAUUCUACCACUUCCAGACCCUUCUAUUCUGACAGCCAUGAGCAACGUAUUAAGCAAUACCAUGGGUCCCAGGGUGGCCAGGGUAGUGUCCAGUCUCAGAAGGCUGAGUGACAGGCUAGCCCUCUGGGGACUACUUCAGUCAUUAACCCUCAUGACUUACUAUAGAAACCGCAGACCUACAGUUGCAUCUUCCUGUGCCGCCUUGGGGACUGUCUCCCUGCACACCCCAGGGAAUGGAGGAGCCUCUACUACCGCAACCUGGACGAACUUCACAACAAAGGUGCAGCAGCAAAUAAAUCCUGUUGCAGGAGUA